AUGGGGCCCGAGAUGACUCCCGCCAGCGUUCCUUUCUGCUACACUCCUGACCCAGAAGCGUUACCACCACUCAUGCAAUCACCUCCAGCCUCAGUUGUAGGAACUCCCCUCUCAUCUCCUCUAUCGUUAUGCAGCUCACGACACUCACCGUCCGGAUCGGACGCUGGUAUGUCUACUCAGGACGAUCACGAGAUUGCUUUCCUCCUACGACGGUUCUCAGAAGGUCCUAGCUACUGGAUGGACCUGUUCGAUCUCGGUACUUACUUCGCAUCCUACGUUCCGGUGCAGGCGCGCGAAAGCUCACUACUCAGAUACGCAGCUGUUGCCUGUGCUGCUAAGUCCCUUGCACGUGUUCAAGGCCGUAAGCUUGCCAUGGGAGGCAGUGUGACGCGUCAAGCUCAGAUGGAACAGUGCCCGGAAGCAUCGUUGGUCGACUGGAAGCACAGAGCAACGAUAUACUACGACAAAGCUGUAUCACUGCUGCUACACGCUCUCCAAAUGGAUGUCGCCUCCUCUUCCGAUGAAUCGGAAUGCGAACUAAGGUAUUCCAAGACGGCCUCCGAUGGACCAGCACCCAAACGACGACGGACUUCAAGCGACACUUCGUUCGUAUCGAACACCGAUGAACUGUUGGCAGUCUUGGCCAUUCUCUGUAUCUACGGGUUCUUAGACACGUCUGUUUCGGAUUGGGUGAAGCAUCUCGCUGGUGCAAAGUCUCUCCUUAUAGUUUCACAAGAGCAUGCUAUCCCAUUGCAACGAUCAACGCCUACAUCAUCUGUGCCAUCCGAAAGCUUCAGCUUUACCUCAAAAGCUCAACGAGCAACCUUCUGGAAUAUUGCCAGACAAGAUAUGCUCGCAGCCUUCAUCAACAAGACAAACACAAGGCUGGAUACCGAGGACCUCUCGUUGUGGAGAGAAGCUGGCGUCAAGAUCGAUGAUCAAGGCUACAUCAUGCCCAGUAACACGACAACAUGCGGAUCCUCUGGAGAUAACGACAUGGUGAUGAGGGACGACCUCAUCUGCAAUGCCAUUGUCUGGCUCAUGGCUAAGCUGGUCAACUUCAUGGCUGCAUGCGAUGAAGUUUUCCCCAGAGCCGGUAUGAUAUGGGCCGGCGUUCCUCAGCAAACUCUCCUCUACCGCUGGUUCAGUCUACGAAAGCAGUUCCAAGUCUGGCACGAUGGUCUCCCGGUCACAUUCAAACCUUCUGCCAGGGUACCUUCGCAAGCAUCCGGGCCGAUGUCCGCCAACGAUAACGCGUCCAUAUUUACUAAGGUCUUUUUCUCCGUUCCGAUGUGCGCCUCCACCAUGCAAACGUACCACAUGUCUCAAAUUCUCUUGUUCAUAAACAAGCCACACGAGUCCACCCAAGGGCGCAGCACUGUUGUCGCCCGCAUGAACUCUUAUCAGUCCAUUCUGGACGCCUGCCAAAAGCACAGCCGCGAAAUUGUUGGCAUUUCGCUCGCUCGGUCUGACGAGGCGGUCCGGAUCCACUCUGUGCAACCCCUGUUCACUGCUGGACAGUGCCUCCGUGACGCUCGGGAGCGCCAAGUCGUGUUACAUCUUCUACGAGACAUUGAGUCCGAUAUUGGUUGGGCCACGGACUACCGAGUGUGCCAACUCCUUGAGCAGUGGUAA